GCGCGGCCGGCCGCCCUGUGCCGCUCCGGGCCCGGCUCGGACCCGACCCGCUCGGCACGCGCGCGCUCCGCCGGGCUCCCCUGGGCCGGGCUGUAGCAGGACGCGCACAAGAAAGGCAAAAAAGCGAAGCGGCUUCUCCGAGGGUCUGCGACGCACCAGCCGCUGCCCGGCCCGACGACCAUGCAGAAGCCGCCUAGGAGCGCGGGGGUCCGGCGCGCUCUGUAGGGGAGCGAGCCCGGCUGGGUAGCGGCACCAUGGAGGCCCCCUUUUCCAUGACGGCGCACUACGACGAAUUCCAAGAGGUCAAGUACGUGAGCCGUUGCGGCACGGGGGGCGCGCGCGGGGCCUCGCUACCCCCCGGCUUCCCCCUGGGCGCUGCGCGCAGCACCCCGAGUGCCCGGGCCGGAUUGCCGCGCUGGAACCGGCGCGAGGUGUGCCUGCUGUCGGGGCUGGUGUUCGCGGCGGGGCUCUGUGCCAUCCUGGCUGCUAUGCUGGUGCUCAAGUACCUGGGCCCGGGCACGGCGGGCGGCGGCGGCGCGUGCCCCGAGGGGUGCCCGGAGCGCAAGGCCUUUGCGCGCGCCGCCCGCUUCUUGGCUGCCAACCUGGACGCCAGCAUCGACCCGUGCCAGGACUUCUACUCCUUCGCGUGCGGGGGCUGGCUGCGGCGCCACGCCAUCCCCGACGACAAGCUCACCUAUGGCACCAUCGCGGCCAUCGGCGAGCAGAACGAGGAGCGCCUGCGACGACUGUUGGCACGGCCCGGGGGCGGCCCGGGGGGCGCGGCGCAGCGCAAGGUGCGCGCCUUUUUCCGCUCCUGCCUCGAUAUGCGCGAGAUCGAGCGGCUCGGACCCGGGCCCAUGCUCGAGGUUAUCGAGGACUGCGGCGGCUGGGACCUGGGCGGCGAGCCGGAGCGGCCCGGGGCGGCGGCGGCGGAGCGCUGGGACCUCAACCGGCUGCUGUAUAAGGCGCAGGGGGUGUACAGCGCCGCCGCCCUCUUCUCGCUCACCGUCAGCCUGGACGACACCAAUUCCUCGCGCUACGUCAUCCGCAUUGACCAGGACGGGCUUACCCUGCCAGAGAGGACCCUGUACUUGGCACAGGAUGAGGAGAGCGAGAAGAUCCUGGCAGCUUACCGAGUGUUCAUGGAGCGUCUGCUCAGGCUGCUGGGUGCAGAUGCAGUGGAGCAGAAGGCCCAGGAGAUUCUGCAGCUGGAACAGCGUCUGGCCAAUAUCACCGUGUCGGAGUAUGAUGACCUCCGGCGAGAUGUCAGCUCCACGUACAACAAGGUGACCCUGGGCCAGCUGCAGAAGAUCACCCCACAUCUGCAGUGGAAGUGGUUGCUGGACCAGAUCUUCCAGGAGAACUUCUCAGAGGAGGAAGAGGUAGUGCUGCUCGCCACAGACUACAUGCAGCAAGUGUCCCAGCUCAUUCGCUCCACACCCCACAGGAUCCUGCAUAAUUAUCUGGUGUGGCGCGUGGUGGUGGUCCUGAGCGAGCACCUCUCUCCACCCUUUCGGGAGGCGCUGCACGAGCUGGCCCGCGAGAUGGAGGGUGGUGACAAGCCUCAGGAGCUGGCCCGGAUCUGCCUGGGUCAGGCCAACCGCCACUUUGGCAUGGCGCUAGGUGCCCUGUUUGUCCAUGAGCACUUCUCAGCGGCCAGCAAAGCCAAGGUACAGCAGCUUGUGGAGGACAUUAAGUACAUCUUGGGCCAGCGCCUGGAGGAGCUGGACUGGAUGGAUGCUGAGACUAAGGCAGCCGCUCGGGCCAAGCUCCAGUACAUGAUGGUUAUGGUGGGCUACCCUGACCUCCUGCUCAAACCUGAAGCUGUGGACAAGGAGUAUGAGUUUGAGGUCAAUGAGAAAACUUACUUCAAGAACAUCUUGAACAGCAUUCGUUUCAGCAUCCAGCUGUCGGUCAAGAAGAUUCGCCAGGAGGUGGACAAAUCCACGUGGCUGCUGCCCCCACAGGCCCUCAAUGCCUACUACCUGCCCAACAAGAACCAGAUGGUGUUCCCCGCGGGAAUUCUGCAGCCCACGCUGUAUGACCCCGACUUUCCGCAGUCUUUGAACUUCGGAGGCAUUGGCACCAUCAUUGGGCAUGAGCUGACCCACGGCUAUGAUGAUUGGGGGGGCCAGUAUGACCGCUCGGGCAACCUACUGCACUGGUGGACUGAGGCCUCAUAUCACCGCUUCCUGCGCAAGGCCGAAUGCAUUGUCCACCUCUAUGACAACUUUACCGUCUACAACCAGCGGGUGAGUGGAAAGCACACACUGGGGGAGAACAUCGCAGACAUGGGCGGCCUCAAGCUGGCCUACUAUGCUUAUCAGAAGUGGGUGCGGGAGCAUGGCCCGGAACACCCUCUGCACCGACUCAAGUACACCCACAACCAGCUCUUCUUCAUUGCCUUCGCCCAGAACUGGUGCAUCAAGCGGCGGUCGCAGUCCAUCUACCUGCAGGUGCUGACGGACAAGCAUGCCCCGGAACACUACAGGGUGCUGGGCAGCGUGUCCCAGUUCGAAGAGUUUGGCCGGGCCUUCCACUGCCCCAAGGACUCUCCCAUGAACCCGGUCCACAAGUGUUCCGUGUGGUGAGCCGAGCUGCCCUUCUUGCACGCACAAGCAUAUGUCAUCAUGCACACACAGAUGUCAUCAGGCAUGCGCAUACAUCACCACACACGCACAAGUGCCCCACGCUGAUGGCCAGGCACAGGCCUGCCCUGGAUGCUGUCUGCCUUCCCGGCCUGUGCAGCCUGAGCCUUGCUCUGCCUCACUUUGGAGGGGCCCAGAGCAGGGGGAGGCUGUACCCCAGGCAGGCAUGGGGAGACGUUGGGGACCCCAAAGUCACCACGCUGGACUGUCAAGCCUCUUCCUGUUCUCUCUGCUUGUUCUGCUCAAUAAAGCCGCUCUCUCACUGCU